AUGCUGCCUGUUGCUUCCAACUUUUCCCAUAAGUUAUCCAUUGAGGCCCGAACCAGGGUUCCUUCUCCAAUGGAGGGACUCAACAUCUACCUUCACAAAAAAAACCUGGUCUUCUUGGCAGGCGGAAUGCCAAUGGCUGAAUUCUUUCCAUGGGACGAAAUCACAGCGAAAUCACCAAUUCCCAAAGAAGGCAGUACCAUAGAAUCCAUGCGGCUUUCGGCCAAUGCUGAUGUAUGCAUAACUUCUGUGCGAAAAUCAGGGUCUGAAUUCCCCGGCGAUAUUCCUUUGUCAAGAUCAUUGCAAUACGGCGCGACAGAAGGUGAGCAUGAGCUGUUGAGCUUUAUCAGAGAACAUACGAGAUCAUUUCACAACCCCAAAUACUCGAAUUGGGAUGUUGUGGCGACGACCGGAAGUACUCAGGCCUGGGAAGCAACCUUGAGGGUUUUUUGCAAUAGAGGGGACUCUAUACUUGUUGAAUAUCAUUCUUACACGUCUCCGAUUUAUGCUGCACAGGCGCAAGGGAUCAAUGUUGUGCACGUCCCACUAGAUGAGGAAGGCAUUGUCCCCGCAGCCCUCGAAGAAAAACUCCGAAACUGGCAUCACAGUUUACCGUUUCCCAAGCUUCUGUACAUCAUCCCCACAGGCCAGAAUCCAACUGGAUCCACGCUAGGAGGAGAGAGAAGAAAACAGGUGUAUCGGAUAGCACAAGCUUUCGAUCUUAUCAUAGUUGAGGACGAGCCUUAUUACUUCUUGCAAAUGGACCAGUUUACCACCGAUGUUGCGAAGAGAAAAAACAGGGAAUGCCUUUCACAUGAGCGCUUUAAAGAACUCUUAGUUGAUUCCUUUCUUUCGAUGGAUACAGAUGGCCGUGUCAUUCGACUUGAGUCUUUUUCUAAGAUUCUUUCGCCAGGAGCACGACUGGGCUGGAUUGUAGGCUCUCAAGACCUGUUACGUACCUAUAUUCACUUUCAGGAGCUUACAGUCCACUCUCCUUCAGGCUUCGCGCAAACGAUGGUCGCCGGCCUGUUAAAUAGGUGGGGGCAUCAAGGUUACACAAACUGGUUAAUCGCGCUUCGGGCGGAAUAUAGCAAACGCCGUGAUGUUGUUUGCGAUGCUUUAUUAAAUCAUCUUCCAUCAAAUCCUGCUUUCCGAUUUAUGCCACCAACCGCUGGGAUGUUCUUCACGGUCAAGAUUGAUGCCUCGUGCCAUCCGGGGUUUCAGCAAAAAUACGACGGUGAUCCCAUCGCUGUUGAAAAGAUGUUAUUUGAAAGGUUUAGUGAUAAUGGAGUGCUGGUCGUGCCAAGUCAUUGGUUCAAAAAGAUUCCAGAGGGUCCUGACAAGAGUCGACAGUGCGAAAACAACGCAGAAAGCGCAGAGAUCUUUUUCAGAGGAACUUAUGCUGCCGUGGAUUUAAAUUCUUUGGAGCAGGGUGUCAAAGCAUUAUCAGAAACUUUGAAAUCGGAGUUCACCCUUUAG